UCCUCGUUGGCCUAAAAAGAAGCUACCAAUCGGUAAACUACCUCUACAGACAUGGACUCGUGUGGCGAAAUGGAGUAUUUGCUCACUUUCUUCCUGAAAAUUUCGUAGUCCAUUCACACAGUGGCUGCUAUUCUGCUGUACAUUCAAAGACUUUAGUAAUCCAUAACAGAUCUUGUUUAGGGGCAGACCAGACCUACUUUCUUUGUGAACUCUCCUUACAAAAACCACAAACUCUCCCACAAAUCAGCGAACCUCGAGCUACGUUGCAGUGGUCACCGGCCUUUGUGCGGUGUCCGUCACACCACGUGACGCACUCAUUUUUCGCUUAUGACGUCAGUAGCAGCUGUUGGACUGACAUGCGUGACUCGCGUCGGUCCCAAGGUACGCCUCUCAUGUCUGUGACACCUGACUUCUCGUGCACCCGAGGGUACCAGCGAGUUGCCUACACCCUUGUCUGUAAUCAUCGUUUCGACUGCAACGACGGCAGUGACGAGACUUUCUGUGAGUUUCUUCCUUGCCCACCAUCGUCUCCCUUCAAGUGUCUCAACAAACAGGUAAAUGAAACCGAAAUACCUAAACGAUGAGGGCUUUCGAAGCUUGUGCAUCGUUUUUAAAUAUGUAUUUUAACAAUAGUGAUGUCUUUAUUAACAAUGAACUUUCAUGUACAUUAGAACUGCUUUAUUGCAAGAAGAAGAUCCUGCCGAUUUAUACACCAUUAAUGUAAUGUCAUUGUUUUCAGUGUGUUUCCGAGGAGGCUGUGUGCGAUGAUGUUAUUCAAUGUGUUGAUGGCACGGAUGAACUAGGCUGCCUAACCUUACAGCGAGAGAUAAAAAAAGGUCCAACGUCACGACCCCCAGCGAUAAUGGAUCUCAGCCCUACAGGAGAGAUCAUGAUGAUUGCCUUGAACCACUCGUUGCCAUUUGUGUGUCCUGAGAGUCACUUCCAAUGCCCAGAGAUCGUCUUUUACUGUCUCCCAGUAUACUUGCGGUGUAACGGUGUGUACGACUGUCCUGGGAAAGAGGACGAGUUGGCGUGCGACACCUACACCUGUCCCGGCUACUACCGUUGUCGCGCCUCGCACGUCUGUGUGCACGCUGACCACAUGUGUGACGGCUGGCCGCAGUGUCCGCAGGCAGACGACGAGCUGGUGUGUAACCUGACUUGUCCUGACACAUGUGUGUGUCACGGCUUGGCUUUCACCUGCACAGACUGGUUCCCUGUGAGUCAACAUCUCGACCUCCGCUUUCUGGACGCCCGCUCAUCUGGCCUGACCUUGAGAGACGUGAGCAACAACACGAUGCUGGUUCACCUCAGUCUAGCCAAUUGUAACAUCACUUCUCUACAGGCCGUCAACCUCAUCAACCUGAGAAGUCUAGAUCUCAGCGACAACCUCAUCCAGGUAAUUAACAGCCAAUUUUUAUGGAAUUUCCAUAAGCUUCAGAGCUUAUCUCUCUCGGGAAACCCCUUAGUGUCUUUGUACCCAGUAGGCGAGGACGUCCCAUUCAUCUUUACAUACAUAACGAGCGUUGACUUUUCUCGUAUAAAGAUUCAGGAGUUAGACAACGUCUUUCCACAAAGGUUCCCUAACCUAACAACAUUAAACAUCUCCUACUGUGACAUUCAGAGCGUUGUUGAAGACGCCUUCUAUCUUCCCAAGCUUCACAUGCUGGACUUGAGGGGAUCCCCUGUGUCUUAUUAUCCUCAGCAAGCAUUUAGGAAUUUGCCCAAACUGGAGUACCUGUAUGCAGACAACUACAAAAUCUGCUGUCCGGAGACUCUGCCCUUCCUGCAGCAUGUGCAGGUGUGCGAGGCGCCGGCCGACGAAAUCUCCUCCUGCGAGUCGCUCGUGGGCUCAGACGUGUACCGCGUGUUCCUGGCGAUCUUCGCUACCCUGGCUCUCGCUGGAAACUCGGGUAGCUUCGUGUAUCGCGUCUUUGUGAGUAAGAACACCAGGUCUCUGGGUUUCGACGUCUUCGUGACAAACCUCUGUGUGGCCGACUUUCUAAUGGGUGUUUAUCUGGCGAUGAUAGGUGUGGUUGACCGUUUGUUCUUGGGCUCCUACCUGUGGAUCGAGGCGUUGUGGAGGAAAAGCUCCCUGUGCAAACUGACAGGCUUCUUGUCGCUGUUGUCUUGCGAGGUCUCGCCUCUACUCAUCUGCAUGAUCACACUUGACCGACUUUUGGUCAUCAAGUUUCCUCUCAGCAACUUUCGUUUUUCAAGGAAAUCCGCUUCGCUUGCCUCGGGUGUGGUGUGGACCGCGGGAUUGUUUAUUUCCAUCAUUCCUUUGCUGCCUAUGAUGUCACAUUGGGAAUUCUAUACUCAGAACGGGUUCUGUGUACCGCUUCCCAUCACACGUAAGGUUUUUGGCGGCAAAAGUUACGCGUUUAAUCUUACAAUUAUUUUUAAUUCUGUCCUCUUCGUUGUUAUUGCUAUUGGCCAGAUGCUUAUCUUUUGUUCCGUUCGCGUUAACAGGUUGUCCACCUCUAAUUGUACCAAGAAAUCAAAUGACAUGACAAUUGCUCGCAGAUUGAUCACCAUAGCAGUUGCGGACUUCAUCUGUUGGUUCCCCAUCAGCUUGUUAGGAUUCAUGGCUUCCAGCGGUAUUCCUAUCGCCGUGGAAGCAUAUGUGCCUAUAGUCGUCUGGGUUCUGCCGCUCAACUCUGUGCUUAACCCCUUUCUGUAUACUUUUAACAUCAUGCUUGAGAAAAGACAAAAAAGUCGACAAACAGAGUUGAAGAGGUAUUUAAUUUCACAAAUGAAUAUUUGUGACAACAAAUGA